AUGGGAGAUGAUGAUAGUUCUCAAGGAUAUGAUAAAGGUCUUGAGAUGAAGAAGGACAUACGAUGUCUGACGCUAUCAUCGACGAACUACACUGUAUGGUCCAUGCGAAUGAAAGUGAUGCUUCUUUUAUACGAUGUUUGGGAUACUAUUGAUCCAGGGAGCGAUGAUGCAAAGAAGAACAAUAUGGCGAUUGCUCUAAUCUUUCAAUCAGUCCCGGAAGCGCUAAUACUUCAGAUAGGAGAACAUGAUACAUCGAAGAAGAUUUGGGAAGCUAUCAAAUCCCGUAAUCUAGGUGAUGAUCGCGUGAGAGAAGCGAGGUUACAGACUUUGAUGUCUAAGUUCGACAAACUGAAGAUGACAAACACAGACACGGUGGAUGACUACGCAGGAAAACUUUCAGGCUUAGCAUCGAGAGCAGCCGCGUUAGGAGAGAUAAUGGAAGCAUCGAAGAUGGUAAAGAAGUUUCUGAAGGGACUUCCAAGAACGAAGUUCAUUCACAUCGUAGCUUCGUUAGAACAAGUGUUGGAUCUAAAUUCAACAGGGUUCGAAUAUAUUGUUGGGAGAUUGAAGGCUUUCGAAGAACGCAUAAAAGAAGAAACCCAAGAUGAAGAUCAGUCGAAGCUAAUGUUUGUGAAGGAUGAUACGCAAGUUAGUGGAAGCCAUAACAACUCGCGAGGAAGAGGCAGAGGUAGAGGUUAUGGUGGAAGAGUAAGAAGACGAGGAAGGUCUAAUGGUUCUGAUGGUCAUAACAAAGGAGGAGACAAAACCAAGAAGGACUACUUUAAGGUUAAAUGCUGGAGAUGUGACAAGAUGGGGCACUCGGUGUCACAUUGUCCUACACGACCAAGAGAAGAAGGUUCGAUCACGUUCAGCGGAAAAACAGGAGAGAGAAAAGCACUCAAAGAUAUCUACUACAUCCCAAGUCUUAAACACAACAUCAUAAGUCUUGGACAAGCAACCGAGAUGGAUUGUGAGAUUAAUAUGAAAGAAGACUUACUGAUGCUAAAAGAUCCCUGUGGAAGGCUAUUAGUACAAGUCACAAGGCAACCAAACCGAUUGUACAAGACGCCAAUGGAGGUUGAAUAUCCGAAGUGUCUUCAAAUACAAGAAACUGAUGUUACAUGGAUAUGGCAUGCGCGGCUAGGACAUGUGAACUUUGGAGUCAUGAAAAAUAUGGUAGACAAGGAGAUGGUAGUAGGGAUGUCUCAGGUGAUACACGAGAAAGAUGUGUGCAACGCCUGCUUAGUUGGGAAGCAAACUCGGAAGUCUUUCCCGCCUAAAGCAAAGUAUCGAGCAUCACACGCAUUAGUUGGUACAUGGUGA